AGAAAAGAGGAACAGAAAGGAGGGAAGGAAAGGACAACAGGGUUGAUAAGAGGAUGUCAUUUUCCCAGCUUUCUUGUGGCAUUUACUCAGGCCCAUGUUUGCAGGCACAUGUGCUCCUUUUUCCAGAAGCCCUGGGAUAAAAGAGUGUGAAAGGCUGCUGAGAAGCCUACGAUCAAGUAUGAGGACAACCAGACCAUGGCUCACCAUCUGGAGGAUAAUGGCCGAUGAAGCUGGGAGGCAGGGACAAGCAAACUAUACCUCUGUGAGCCGUCACAGCACUGAAGCCUCUUGGACGCCUGGACCAUGGACCCCGGGGAAUGCACCUGCAUGUCUGGAGGAAUCUGCAUCUGCGGAGACAAUUGCAAAUGUACAACUUGCAACUGUAAAACAUGCCGAAAAAGCUGCUGUCCUUGCUGCCCUCCGGGCUGUGCCAAGUGUGCCCGGGGCUGCAUCUGCAAAGGGGGCUCGGAUAAGUGCAGCUGCUGCCCCUGAAACCCAUCUGUUGUGCUGGGGGCCGAGGCCCAGGAAGCAUCUGUACAGUGCCUUAGUCGAGAAGUUGGAAUUAUUGUACUAUAGGUUAUGCUUUUUAUAUAUUUGCUCAGAUGCGGUGUUGGUGUGCUUCAUGUAAAGUGCUGGAAAAAUAAAGGUCUCACUCAUG